UUCUUGUUGUUGUAUCUGUGAAACCUCGAUGAUACAGGAACACUAUGAUUUUUACAGAAAUUAAACGUCGGAAAUAAAAGGUCCGGAAUUUUAGCGGCCGAAAUUUUGGGCAAGUACAGUCAACUCUCGUUAUAGUGGACAUGCUCAGGGACGUUUGAUGUCCGUAAUAGCGAGAGUCCGUAGUAGCAGGAGUCAUUUCCAGUCAAACCUCUAUAGCUUUCGCCGGGGAUCUGGAUUUUGUCCGUAAUAGCGGGUUGUCCUUGGUUGUCCGCAGCACAGGACCGCAGGGACUGACCAAACCAAACGCGCGGGAUCUGGGAAUGAGAUCCAAGAUGGCGGACAAGAGAGAGGAUGAACAUCUAAUCCUUGAAGCAGUUCAUUUUACUGCCUUAAAACAUAGAGAUCAGCGACGGAAAGACCCCGAGAAAACACCGUACAUUAAUCAUCCAAUCGGAGUAGCUUAUAUCCUGUGGAAAGAGGGUGGCGUUCAAGACACGGACGUGCUUCAGGCAAUGCAGGCUAAAACCUCGGUGGAAGCUAAAGGAGACAUAUCACUUUCUUCCUGCGUAUAUACGAGCUGUUAUUGUGAGGAGAAUGUUUGGAAAUUAUGUGAACAGAUAAGGGAUGAAAGAGAGCAAAAUCUAGAUGAAUACUAUGCAGUGUUUAUAUCUAAUGAAAAAAGACAGGUUCCUUUAUGGAUGCAAAAAUCAGCUAAGGAUCCCUUAGCCCCAGUUGUGUGGGAUUACCAUGUACUUUUACUACGUCGAGUGGGUGACAAGGGCUUCAUAUAUGAUUUGGAUUCCAUUCUUCCUUUUCCUUGUCCAUUUGAACAAUAUGUUCACCAAGCAAUACAGAAUGACAGACAACUUAAAAAACACUUUCACAGAAAAUUCCGAGUGAUACCAGCAGAGUCAUUUCUUAGGACCUUUGCUUCAGACCGAUCACACAUGAAAAAGCCAAAUGGAGAAUGGAUUAAAACUCCUCCCCCAUACUCGCCAAUCAGAACAGCAGGAAGCACAAUGAACCUUCAGGAAUUUAUUGACAUGACUGCGGGUGAAGGCGAAGGACAAGUUAUGGACUAUAAAUCAUUCAUCAAAAAUUAUACUUCAAAUGAUUGACUUCAUUUGAUCCUUUUCAAUCUAUAGAUCCUCUCUAUACACCUAAUUUAUUGGCAAAAGUUUCUCUGAUGGGUGUUCAGGAAAGUGUAGGACUUCUUUUGUGCUUUCACAACCUGCAAAAUAUUUACAAGUCCAUAUUCAUAGAUAGGUUACACAUUCAAGUACACUAGGAAUGGUAAUGCUGUAAUUGAUCAUAUAACAAGCCGAACCCUAUUAUAAGUAGACUGAAACGUCAAUUUCUCAUAUUGUACAGAAAAAUUUAACAAAGUGACUGAAAUAGGUAAUUUACUAUGUGUUGUAACUUUCUAAAACAAACACAUGAACGAAAAGGAAGAAUAGUGUUUAGUGAAUGAAACAUGUUGCAUAUAUUUUGCUAGUCAAGUAUACUUCUAUGUUGUGUAAUUAUAUCAUUUUUAGAAAAAACAAACAAAAAAACAUAACACUGUCUGGAGGAAAGUUUCAACAGCCUUUACUGACUCGUCAGUCGGUACGAGAAAAAUUAUAAAAUAGCACAUGAAUAAACUUUGUAGAGUGAACUUAGAAUUGCUGGUAAGAAAUGUAGUCACUGUGACAAUACAGCGGGAUACUGCAUACUACAACAAGAGAUUUCAUCUGUUUGCCUGUGGAUGUGAUUUGAUUUGCAUACAGCAAUUUCGAGAAAGGUUGUCGGAUGAAAGUGUCGCGUCUCCGCGACAAGACCCAAUGGUAGUCUGGGUUUUCAUGAAAAUUUUGCAUACCGGUGCAGAGGAAAUCUACAAAUUUGUAUUUUUGCGCGUGAAGUAUUAGCAAGGAUACAUUAGAUUUUCCACUCAUUCGACCAUUUUUCCGUAGCUUUUCUUCCACUGUUACAUGACUUUUAGUUUAAAAACCUUGUUAAGUCAGUGGGGAAAAGAACCUUGGUUCCGAAGUCUGAAGAAAAAGAAAACCUAAGAAAUGUUUCUUGCCAUUUUGUCAUACUGAUUAUUAAAGUAUUCAGCGCGUGUAGCAGUUAUCUUCUAUCCAUUGCCGGGGUUGUCGCGUGCACUUUUGCGCUUUAUUCCGACAACCGUUCUCGAAACAGCUGUAUCAUAUGAUGAAAAUUCUUGCUGGCAUAAUCUAAAGCGCUAAAGCAAUUAGUAGACCACAAAGCUAUUGUCCUGACGAUAUCGAACUUGUAGGAAAAUGAGGCGAGACUGAAAAUAAAAAGUGAAAAGGCCAA